UAUUGAUUUCAUGAUUCUUUGACAUAGUUUUAGCAGAAAAAAAAGAAAAAGAAAACCAGCAAAACCACAGGAAACAAACGAAACAUCAACAAGGCAUGUACACUUCCUGAGUAGUUUUCCUUUCAAUCUACGUGUUCAUCAAAAGACGCAAUAAUCAUGUACAAAACUCUGACUGACUGGUUGUCUGAAGAACUGCUUCCGCCUCAACCUGAUCCAAGAGUUGCUGACUACCCAUUAAUGUCUACAUGGAUGCCAUCUGUAUUGAUUUCGCUAGUUUACAGCAUCGGUGCAUAUAUUUGGCGUAUGGAAUUGAUUCGAAGACAUGGAAAGACGCAAAGAAAGUAUUCAAAGGAGAAACUGAAACAUCAUGAAAAAUGGUCGGUGUUAACAUAUGCAAUGAUAAUAUACAACUUUACCAUGGUACUGUUUUCUAUCUACUUAACAGUAUCAAGUUUCCGUUCAAUCUAUGAACUUGGUUAUGGUUUAGGCUGUAUUGAACUGCCAAAUCCAAUGGAUAAGCGGACAGAUAUAUUAGUCUAUUAUGGUUAUUUGUUUUUUAUUUCAAAAUUUAUUGAAAUGAUGGAUACAGUGUUCUUUUUGUGUCGUGGAAAAGUGGAUCAAGUCACUUUCCUGCACGUAUUUCAUCAUGCAUCAAUGCCACCAUCAGUAUGGUGGGGUUUAAAAUAUGCUCCUGGUGGUGCAAUAUACAUGUUUCCAUUGGUCAACAGUUUUGUGCAUAUAUUAAUGUACACUUAUUAUGGAUUAGCUGCUGUCGGAGCAUAUCAUCUAUUAUGGUGGAAAAACUACUUAACCCUCAUUCAAAUGAUACAAUUUCUUUGGUUUAUUAUCCAUCAAGGACAAUUUUUAUUGAUUAAUAAUCCAUCUUCAUGUAAUUUUCCAAAAGUAUUCCCAACAGCUAUAGUUAUCUAUUCUGUAAUAUUUUUUAUAUUAUUUUUUAAUUUUUAUAUGAAAGCAUAUUGGAAAAAAGAACGUUUAAUUAAGCCAUCAAUGAAUGGUGAACAGGUUCGAAAUUCAAAACAGUAUUCUCCCACCACAAAUUCAAUGUUCGAUAUGGAGAUUGGUAAAAAGAUGGAAUAGAUUAUUUUGUAAUUUUGUAAUCUUCUUUUUUGUUCCCUUAUUUGAAUUGUUUGCGGAGAAAAAUAAUAAAUAUUUAUUUAUUUAUUCAUUGGUUCAACGUUUCAAUGGUUUCUCAAUAUUGACUGUUCAAUGUUUCAAUGGAAGAGUUUUUUCUGUACCGUUGACCAGUCGACUAAUUAUUUAUUAUUUGUGUGGUUUGUAGUAAGAUGAAAAUAAAGACGAGAUGAAGAGAUAAA